AUGAGUUCAAGAGGUGGAAGCGUAUGUUACAAAUGUAAUCAACCGGGUCAUUUUGCCCGUGAAUGUCCAGAUGGUGAUAGCAACAGUGGCGGUGGCCGUGGAGGAGGAGGAUUCAGUGGUGGACGAGGUUCGUACGGUGGUGGAAGUUCAUAUCGAGGACGUGGUGGUGGCGGCGGCGGCGGUGGUUCAUACGGUGGCCGAGGAGGGUUCGGUGGCGGUGGUGGUGGUGGCGGUGGCGGUUCAUUUGAAAGAUCAUCUGGUGGCCGUUGUUACCGUUGCAAUCAAACAGGACAUUUUGCUCGUGAUUGUCCAUCAGAUAGUACCCAAAGUGUUUGUUACAAUUGCAAUCAAUCAGGUCAUAUAAGCCGAGAUUGUACGGAACCACGCGCAAAUAGUUAUAGCGGUGGUGGUGGUGGCGGCGGCGGUGGCUUCCGUGGUGGCCGUGGUGGUGGCGGCGGUGGCGGUGGUAACUGCUAUCGGUGCUCAAAACCAGGUCAUUUUGCUCGCGAUUGUACUGAACCAGAUCAACGUGGUGGUUCAAAUCAAGCUGAUGAUGAUCAUUAG